GGGCGGGGCGGUUUCCUGCCAAUCACUGCCCAUUUGCCCUCCCCCUUGCGCUGGCCCGGCAGCCUCGGGUGGGGGAGGUCGGGGAGGGGGCGAUAAAAUGGCGCAGGGGGCGGAGUGAGGCGCAGUCGUUCGCUCAGGCUUCGGCCCCGCUUCCGGAGGAAGGUGGGAGUCAAUCAUUUUGACAAGUCUCCUGAAAGGAACAGCUAGCGGGAGCUGAAACCUUUUUCCAUUUGGUCUCGUGGCAGAGAUCACACCAGCAGCUCCACACAAUAUGACGUGCUCACUAAUGUCCUCUGAACAGUCUUCUGGAACUUCUCUCUUGCCUAAAGACAGUGCCCCAUUUUCUUGGGGUUCUUUGGAUGAGGAUGGGUUGGAUGACUCCUUGCUGGAUCUGUGUGAGGGAGAAGAAGAUGAUGGCCAUUUCAGUUUCACGGAGGAAGAUAUUCAAGAACUCUUGAAGGAUGACGACCUUAAAGAUGAUAGCAGGCAUAUUGAGAAAGGAGAGAAAGGAAGUCAAAUUCUGUUUGACACUUCCCAAGAGAAAAAUUCAUUGUACAGCUUGGGACCAGUAGCUGAGACCUCCGGCCUCUUAAAACUACCUCAGCUAAGUACAUCAGUUGGUCAUGGACCAACUCCUACUAAACCAUUAAACAGACACUUUGCACUAGAAAAGAAUCUUAUAAAAAUAACAGUUGUUACACCAUUUGAUCCAACAGUUUGUGAUGCUGUGCUUGAUAAGGACAAGACUGAUUCAUUCAAAGAUACUGAAAAACCUUCCUCCCCUGGGGAAGAGAUGAGAAAAGAUGGUCUUAGCCCAAGUGAGAGCAAACUGUGCACUGAGUCUGAAGGGAUUGAUCCCAGUAAUUCUGCUUGGGAUGUGCCCCCACUUUCUUCUCCUUCAGACAGUGACUUUGAACAAACUAUGUCUGAUAAAAAUAUACUUGAGAGUAAGAGACCUACACCUGUAUUCUCUCAGAUCGUGGACCAUUCAGAGACUCCUAAUACGGGGUCAUCCUGGAAAAAUGGAUCACAUAAAUCAAAUUGUGAAGUGAGGUUUCCGGUUGUUUCCAGUUCAUCAAACAAACAGGAUGUUCUUGACAAGGAUUCGGGGAGGCUGAAAGUCAAUGAGAGAAGACUAGUCAAAGUCCCUCCUGUUCUACAAAACAAAAGAAGGACUAAUGUUUCGACGUUUUCACAGUCAGAUCUAGAAAAGCAGAAGGAAAGUUAUCUCAAGGAAGUCAUUGCUCAUAUAACAUGCCCGAAGGACGCUAACCAAGGAUUUAAAUGUAAAAAGCAAGCAUUUCAAAUACCAUUUUGCAUCUUGACAUUUGAAUAAAAGCUCUUAAAAGGUUUUGACUACCUUCCAAAUUCUUCAAGCUGACUUCUCCCUGGCUCACUAAAAGCUCUUAGAAACCAAAAUGACUGGAUUCUUUCUCUAGCCCUCAAGAGAUUAUUGUCUAUGUUAUUACUCAUUCUGGACUAGUAGCUGAUGGUAAAUGGAGGGGAACUUGUGGCCUCUAAUGAAGGUGCCAAGAUCAGAGAGGUACUGAUAAAAGGAUUCUUUCUCAUAAAGAUUGCUCCAUAUUCCGUCAUCUUCAGCUUCUUUGUUCAUUAAGCAAGCCUUUCUCAACCACUUUCAGUGGUGCUAGGUUUGAAGAUUAGGGAUUGGAAAUAUAAAGAGGACCGAAGUAGGGUCCUGGCUCUCUAGGAAUUAAUAGUUCACAGAAGGAAAAGAUAAUUAUACCACAAUAUUGAUUAGAAUAUCUCUAAUCAGUAGAGAUAUAAUUCUAAUAGAAUUAUGUAUAAAAUGCACUAGGAGCAAGGAAGAAGCACUUCUGUUUGUGUUUGGGGAAAGUAGAAGAUGGGGAAGAGGGAUGCUCUAGCUAGUCUCCAUGGGUAAGAUAAUUGUGUUACUAGGAGAUCUGUCAUAAAUCACCAGGAAGAGUUUUAGGGGAACUUUUGGCUAAAAGAUUCAGAGAAGAUGCCCCUUUCCUUACAAAUCUUUAAUUAUUUAGUAGUUUUAGAACUACAUCGGCCAGAAGAGUUUUUCAUUCCAGGUCCUUUUAUUUUUUAGUCACAGAUUUCAUUAAGCAUUCAAAUGCUACUACUUGUUCUGAUUGCUCAGCCCUUUGUGAGUGCUCUUUGUUUGAACUAUUUUAAAGGUCUGGUGGAACUAGAGACACUCCUCUCCUUGGAGAGGGGCUUGGACCCUCUUCACCUGGGUGAUUGAUUGGAGGGGCAGAUUAAAAGAACUUUGUGUAUGUUUAACCUCUGUGGAAGAGACUUGGACAUUGCUUUUCCCUCUCUGAAGUGACUUUCUUUUACGUCCUAGGCAAUUUGGAAUGAUGAUAUCCAAUUAUAUUUUCCUUUCUCAUUUGGGGCAUUUAGAAAAGAAAAUUUCACAAGAAAAGCUGUGAGCAGCUGCUCAUGUUUGUAGCAUCUUUUCCUGUCUCUUUCCCAUUCAGCAGUCCUUCUCCCACUAUACCAUAAUAAUUUAUAUCCCACGAGGAACAACUAGGAUAAUGCAGAUAGAGUAGACAGCAUACUUUAGUGGUUGGGAAAGUAAAGUCUAGUCUAGAGUUAACUUCUGAAUGCAUAUUCUAGCUGCAGUGCUUAACUGGCUGUGUGACCUUGAGCCAAUAAAACUCCGUUUUCUCAUUUGCAAAAUGGGUAUAAUUAUGAGGCUUAACAAUAUGUGAAAAUUUAGGUACAAAUGUAAUGAUAGAACAGUACCUAGCCAUGGUUGCCAACAUCUGUUGAAUACUUGGUAUUAUUUGCAAGAAAGGGUAUCCUUUCACACUGAAGUUUUUAUAGGUGAAAUUGUGUGAUGCCAGGUACUGGUUUUCAAUUUUGAAAAAACAACAACAACAACAAAAAAAACUAAAAAACUGAAACCGUGAAAAAUUAGAGGAAACAGCUUUAACAAAAUGUUGGUGAAUGAAGCUCAGUAAUAGUUAUGUGUGGAUUCAUUAUGUUAUUUUCUACUUUGUAUUUGAAAAAAUAACCGUAAUAAAAAAGUCACUUUUUUUUUAAAGUGCAUCUUUUAGGGGAUUCCUUUUUAAUGUCUAAGAAUUGUGAACAUCACCAGUUACUCUAAAAAUUUCACAGGCAUCCACUGCUUGCUUCUGCUUUCUAGGAACCUAGUAUGAUACCAUGUUCUUGUGUUCCUUCCCACUGCCCACUAUUCGUGCAUUCAGAGUUUAAAGAUUAUAUACUCAUUUGCAAAGGAAGAGUGGGGGGCAUAUUUCAUUGUUCCUCUAUUUAUAUAUGAAGUAAAGAGCAGCCAGAAGCAAACAGAGGAAGCAUAUAGUGCCUCCUGUCCUUUUUGAUACUUAUAGUGCUAUGUCACCUUGGAAAAGUGUAAUUGUUCAAGUUCUUUAUUAGAUACAGAGAAAUUAAAAUUAGUAGGUUCAAAUGUAGUUGCUGCCAAUUCAGUUUGAAUCCUUUCCAUUAGGUUAGUCAUCUUUCACUUUAUCAAUAAUGUAUAUAUUAUUGAUAUAGAAUAUGAUAAUGUAAAUCAUCCUUCAACUUCAUUAUUCUAGUAUCUCUUUUUAAUUUAAUGCCACGUGAGUCUCUUAAUAGCAUUUAGAAAGAAAUACGAACAACUUCUUCCUCACAUUCCAGCUCAUGGAAAACUUUAUAUGAAAUUAUAAAUUCUUAGAGUAGUAAAGGUCAUUAAGAUCAUCUCUUUACUCUCUUAAUAUAUAAAUCUUUCUUAUAUAUCUUUGUCCAGUGACCAUUCAGCCUUUGCUUAGAAUUCUAAUAAUAAAAAACCCAUUAAAUCAUGAAGCAGGCCAUUCAUUGCUUAAAAAAUUCUAAUUCUUAGGAAAGUUAUUUCUUACAUUGAGCUGAACUGCUUCCCUGUAGUUUCCAGUGGUAGUUUCUAGUUCAGUCCUCUGGGAACACAAAAAAUAGCUAUUACCUUCCAAAUACUUAAUGUAAUUUAAGUACCUUUUCAUGUUAAGUAUCUCAAGAUUUUUAAUGAUUAGAAAGUAUUAUAUAAUUUAUUAUUCCAUCUUGGAUAAUUAGGUUGUCCCAUUUUCAUUAGUAAUGCUGCAGUGAACAUUCUGGUCAAUAAAUAUUUAUGUACAACUC